CGGAGGGUCGGAGAGGGGUCCUCAAUAGUUCUUGCUGCAGGAUUAAUCCAAGCCAGCUAUCUAGGUGGGAACGGCUCCAGUCAGUCAAUAUGAUUUGAUAAGAGGCCUUCUAGUCUUCCCCACGUUGCAAUAUCUCAAAACACGCCUGACCUGAUCUGCAACAAAGUGAUCAAUUGCCUUGGCCUAAUACUGUAGCAUGAAGGCCUUUUUUAUCCUCAAUGUGAUGUGGUUGAUCGUACCUAUUAUGUACACAUGGUCUCUAACAUUGUUUGUGAAACAUGGGAGGUGCUGCGAGGUCUCAUCCGAUACCAGGAAAAUUGUAAUAGUCGCUAUACGGUACCAGACCGACCUAGUAUUUCCAGCAACGUAUCGUAAUAAGUAUCAACCCCUGCCGUGGUUGGGCUAGAACCGUGGAAUGUCCCUAGCGCCAUGCUCCGCCGCAGGUGUCUUCAUUGGGCGUUUGGAGAAUAGUAGGUAGCCAGUAUUUCAUCAUAGUCAUUGACGAGACUAUGGGUCAUAACAGUAAUCAGAUCAGCUAUACAGGUGUACUAGCACGCUUAUCAUCCUCGUUAUCAGACGGGUGAUCGUCGUGCAUCUAUGCAUUAGCUAGCUGAAUUGGAUAGACGCUUUUGAGUUUCCUGUGCUGCAAAAUUGGCAGAUAUAGAAGAAAAAGUUCCCUUAAGUUACACUACUAGGUGCUACC